AUGACAUUCCUCAUAAGAGUUCAUUCGUACCUCGAAUGUGAUAAAAAUGUUGAUGAUCUUAAAAUAACUGCUGAGAAAUACAGAGUUUUACAAAACAAGAAAAGAUUUUGCCGUAGAGAAGUGCAAGUUUUUUCAGGAAGACAUACUACUGCCAUGGCUGCUACUCAUUUUCAUCCACAUCUUAUUCUGGGCUUAAAGACGGGAGUAAAAGGAAAUGCCCAGUAUAUUAAGGGCAAUAAUGUAUUAUAUCCUGUUGGAGGAGUUCUCGCACUACAUAACUUCAAAGAGAAAGAACAAAGCUAUAUUCGAUUGGAAGAGAACGAGAAAGCUUUGACAAUGAUUCAUGUGAGCAUGGACAGAACGAUGGCAGCUAUUGUGUAUCAAACAGACGAACGUUAUAUUUCGGUGUAUGAUUUGACAACAUUGAAGCAAAAAAAAGUAAUCUGUGUUUCUCCUGACAUUCCUGGCAAGGAAAUUGUUGUUGCCUGUUUCACAUUUGAUUUAAAGUUCUUAAUGGUAAUUCUUGGAAAGCCUCAGUGGAUGCUACUGUGUUAUGAGUUACAAACGGGAGAUCUAAAGUCCUCAACACAAGCAAUUAAUGAAGAUGGAACAGGAGAAGUCUAUCAGGCUGCGCCCAACCCCAGCGACAACACAGUGAUCUGCGUUGUCGGUCCCGGCCUGUUCCGUCUCCUUAGCGUGCUGGACAACUCAUGGACGCAGUACGGAUACGCUAUGACCGAAUAUGUCCCAUUCACGUGCGCCUCUUGGGUCACGUUCGACCGUCUCGUCUGUGGGACGAAAGAUGGCAGACUAAUAAUAUUCGAAUCUGGAGAUCUGAAGUAUAUCUAUGACAUGGCGGAAACUAGUCUGAUUGACACGAAAAGUUUCGAGGAGUUGCCACCACUAACGCGUCCCGAAACUGAAACGGAAGAGGACGUUGGAAAUACUGAGAUCCGCGAGAUAGUCUCCGGUGCGAAAGGUUUUGCAUAUAAUUAUGGAGAAUCGGCUGUUCAUUUCUUCGAAAGACUGAGUGCUCAUGCCUACUCAAAAAGGAAUGUCUUUAACAUUCCUUGUCCUGAAAUCGCUGAGAGGGAACCUGGCAUUAACUGCAUUCAGAAUCUGAGUAUGAAUAAUGAUGGAGAUUAUCUCGUUGCAACUACCCGCUACUCACAGAUAUAUUCUGCAUUUUUAAUGGGACCCACUAUAGCACAACAACCAGAAAUUGAGUUCGAUCUAUUGGGAGAAAGUUUGCAUCAUGGAGAGAUAAAUGGACUUUCAACAUGUCGAUGGAAACCCAUUUUCAUAACGUGUGGCAAAGCUGAUCGCACCGUUCGAAUUUGGAACUACGAAGAACAGAAACUUACGAUAUCUGUGCAGUAUCAGGAAGAUGUAUACUGUGUUGCUCUGCACCCAACUGGACUGUAUGCUACUAUUGGAUUUUCUCAUAAGAUCCGAUAUGUAAAAGUGCUUAUUGAUGACCUAGAGUCUAUGAGAGCAUUCCCUAUUAGAAGUUGUGUUGAAUGUGCUUUUAGCUGUAAUGGUCAUUUAUUUGCUGCUGUCAAUGGAAAUAUAAUACAAAUAUAUUCUUGCAUAACAUUUCAGAAUGUGUAUACUCUGAAAGGACAUAAUGGGAAGAUUCGCUCACUUGCUUGGAUUGAGUCUGAUGACAAACUUGUUUCUUGUGGAACUGAAGGUGCUGUUUAUGAAUGGUAUAUACCUUCAACCCGGAGAGUAGGUGAAACAAUAAUAAAGAGCUGUGUUUUCUCUGGGAUAACAGUCUUUUCAUAUGGAGGUUCUCUGUUUGCUGUUGGAAGUGAUGGAAAACUGAGAGAAAUAAGUGAUUCUGAGGUCAUAAAUGAAGUGGACAUUUGUGAACAACUUGAUUGCAUUACUAUCACACAUGAUAACUCAGUUUUAUUCAUAAGUACUUCAUCUGGCGCUAUUUUCUCGUAUCCAUUGCCACUAACUGAGACACCUCAUCCCAGGAAACAGGCAAUUCACAACCACUCAAUUACACGUAUGUGCAUUACUGAGAAUAACGAGUUACUGAUCACCUGCUCUACAGAUGGAAUGCUCUGCUUGUGGUCAAUUGCUCCAUCCCGUAGAAAGAAAUCAGCUGCAAUGCUAAGUGCUUUAUAUUUUGAAUACAUACUUGUGAAUAAAGGACAUCUGGAAGAACUGACAAACUCUAUUGCAGAAUUAAAUCAGAGAAUUGGGGUACUUGAAAAAGAAUAUGACUAUCAAACACAACAGAAUGAAGCAAAGUUUACUGAAGAAUUGAAGGAGAUAGUCAGUAGUUACCAAGAGUUCAUGGAAAAUAUGAGAGAACAGUCAGAGAGAGUGGCAACAGAUCAUGCUCAGGAGCUGAUGAGCUUCAAGGAUGAUAUUGCGAAGAAGAAGUCAUACUAUGAAAUAGAAGUACAGAAUUUUGAACUGAAUUUUGAGGCCAAAUUAAUAGAAAAAUAUAACAAAUAUCAGGCCCAAAAAGACAAAAUGGCAAGGACAAAGGCUAAAUAUGAGAAGUACUCUGUCACAUUGUAA